CAUUGAGACUAUGGGGAGCCACAUGCUCAAAACUGACCGCUUGUUUUAGAUCUGUAAAUUCUUUCAAAACUGCAUGGGCCUUAUAGGGAAACUUAUUGAUACACAGCAUGGAAUUUGUUGAUUUCAUUUGCAGCGCUCAUGAAUUUCUUAACAGUCUUGGCUCCAUCGAGAACACAUCUAGAAAGACUGCCGUUCUGUUUGACUGUGCAUUCAGUAUUAAUCAAGUGGAUUUGUGUUCAUGGAUAGUGAGGGAACUCCUGUGAACAAACACUGCUAGUUGUCAAGGGAACAAGGCAAUCCAGAUGCUGAGAGGUGCUUUUCUUGCAUGACCAGAUCUGCAGAAGCGCUCUCUGCUGGAGAAGGAGAUGGAGGUGAAGUGUAAGAGCCCAGCAGAUCUGAGAGGUCAGCUGGUCUGGAACGUGUCCAGGUGUGUGACACCAACUGCCCACCCCGUUAGUCCCACGUUGUUGUUAGUUCCACUAACAUCAGAUAAACCUGUUCCCCAAAUCCCACCCUCGGUCACAAUCCCUGCUCUCAUCGCAAUAAUAGUGGUUCUGUGUGUGCUGCUGUGUGUGGUCUGUGCUCUGGCCGGAGUCUACGGGAGGAGACGGAGGAGGAAACAAGUGAGGCCUCAGCCGGAGAUCAAAGAAGAAGAAGGUGAACCACAACCGCUGAACCCCCCGAGACAACCCUACCAGAAGUGCCCUGAGGAGAUGAUGAACUGGGACUUGGAGUGCGUCCGAAGAGUCCCUGGGACUGAAGUCAGAGCCAAGUCGGCCAACGCUGUGCUCUCCACCUCCCCGUUCUGUGGAGGAGGGAGAAGACGUCACGACAUGGAAACUGAGACAGAGGGAACCUCACGUAAACCAACACCCACAGAGGAGAACAGCUCCGGAGAACAAGGAGAGGAAUUAGGAGAAGAUUCCGGAAACGUAACAGCUCAGGACACCGACGAGGAACUGAAAGCUCAGAGACGCCUGACUGACUUUAUCAAUGAAGGGACCCAGUACGAUGAUGGAGAUGAUGGAGUGUCACCUUCUGGAAACGGCAGCAGAACCAUAACUAAAGCUACUGAAGACACAGAGACCAUAACAUACCUGUCCAUAGGAACUGACCUGACCACACCAAAGACUGGCAAACCAAAUGGUCUCCAUGGAGAAAGCAGGGGUCCAAGAAUACAGAUCGGGAGGGCCAUUGGCAGAGUCUCCACCUGGCCUCCCACCUCUAGCCAGUGGGAAGCCAGAUGUGCAAAUCAGGGGGAGGGGCUGAGCUCUUUUAAUGUGCCUGAGCCUUUUCAAGACUCAGUCGUCAAAAGUGACGUCUUGUCAGAAGGUGGCACCAUCAUUGUCAUGGAACCUGUUCCUAAUUACAUGCUAUCACCCGAGGGCUACAGAGGGGACACAACUGUCGAGGAACGAUCUGGAGAGCCUGUUGAGGAACCAGUUGAGGCUACUGUGAAGGAACCGGCUGAGGAAUCUACUGAAGAACCUCUAGAGCCGGAUUUUGAAACAGCUUCCUUAAAUUAUGAUCCCGUUUCAGAAAAUCUGGUCAUCUCAAUUCCAGAUGCCACUGAACCACUAACUGGAUCUGCCAAGCUACAGUCAGAACCAGCAAAUUCUGCUGAGUUUCAAAGUGGGUCAGCAGAACUUCUAUCAGAUCGACCAUAUUCUACUGAACCUCUAAUUGGAUCUGCAGAGCUUCAAUCAGAACCCCCAAAUUCUACUGACCUUCCAAGUGGGUCAGCAGAACUGCUGUCAGAACCGUAUUCAACUGAACCUCUACAUGGAUCAUCUGAGCUUCAAUCAGAACCUCCAAAUUCUACUGAGCUUCCAAGUGGGUCAGCAGAACUGCUGUCAGAACCAUAUUCUACCAAACCUCUAAUUGGAUCUGCCGAGUUUCAGUCAGAGCCACCAUAUUCUACUGAACCCAUCACUCCGGUUGCUGACCUUCAGUCUGAACCACCAGGGUCUACUGAACCUCCAGUGGAAUAUCGGCAAUCUCAACUAUGUCUGGUCAGCUUUGAGACAGCUUCUACUACUGAGUUUGACAUCAGCCCAGAUGGGGGUUCUCAAUCCACCAUUGCGCCCACUGAGCCAAAGUCAGAACCAAUCACUGUGAGCGGGCCUUUAUCUGGAAAGACACCAAGCCAAAUCAGUAAAGCUGAGGAACUCCAGAACGUGUAUGAGGACACCACAGGCCUGACAGAGAGUGGGGAAAAGCAGAAAACAACGUUUGAAACUCCCACAGGGAAAGAACCAGAGAUCCAGGUGCUCGGUGGCAGCUCACAGUCUCCCCCUAGUGGUGGCUCCCCAAACGACGAGAAUCUCCUGGCGAAUAACGAGUACGUCUUCGUCGGACUGCUCCAGGAGGUGGUUCAGAACCGAGGACGCAGGACCCGGGAGAGAUGGAGACAGACACACAAGAACCAACAACUCUACCGGCGCAAAGGACAGGACUUGAACUAGUUAGCAGAAGUGGAACUAGGUCAUCUCUUUCUCAAUUGACUUUAAUGAGCAUCUCGACUCUGUGCUGUGCCAGCAGAUAGAAAGAACAGUGAGUUUUUUUAGUGUUUGAUUUAUGUGUUUGCUUGUGUUUUGAUGUUUGUCUUGUGUUGGAGACGGGUCUUUCCUGGUGUAAAUGGCUGGGUGUAACAAGACACAUUAACCCAUGUUUCUUGACAAAGGAGUGAAUAACUCUACUUCAUAUUGAUUCAUUAUAACCUGUACAAUGACAUAGAUCAAUCAAAUGGCAAUUUUUAGCAAUAUUUUUUUCUGACACUGAAUAAAUUCGUUUUGAU